UCGCCCUCGGCGUACUUCACGCACGUGUCCGUUGCGGAGGUGCUGCGGCACCUUGGGACGUCACUUCAGGCCGGCCUCUCAUCAGCCGCUGUGCCACAAGCGCGCAAUGCGGCAGGUGGGCCGAAUGAGUUCAGCGUCAAGGGCGGCGAUCCAGCGUGGAGGAAAUUCGCGGGGCAGUUUGCAGAACCGCUCAUUCUCCUGCUCAUGGGCAGCGCAGCAGUGAGCGCGCUGCUGGGCGAGUGGGACGACGCCAUCAGCAUCACAGUGGCCGUCGUGAUUGUCAUCUCAGUCGGCUUUGUCCAGGAGCAACGCUCAGAACAGAGCCUCGAGGCGCUCAACAAGCUCGUGCCCCACUUCUGUCAUCUGGUGCGCGAUGGCGCGACUACGACGGUCCUCGCCAACGAGCUCGUGCCGGGCGACGUCGUGACGUUCUCCACGGGCGACCGCAUCCCGGCCGAUGUGCGCGUUGCAGAGGCUGUGGCGCUGGAGAUCGACGAGAGCACAUUGACCGGCGAGAUCAAGCCACGUCGCAAGACCGCUGACGUCGUCGAGCGCGCCGCCGACCACAGCGAGUCGGCCAUCGCAGAGCGCGACAACAUUGCAUUCAUGGGCACGCUGGUCAAGAGCGGCUACGGCUGCGGCAUUGUCGUCGGCACUGGCGUGCGCACAGAGUUUGGCAUGAUCUUUUCGAUGGUCGACGAGGUGACAGAGCGGCGCACGCCGCUGCAGCUCAGCAUGGACCAGCUGGCGCAGCGCCUGAGCAUGAUCAGCUUCGCGAUCAUCGGCGUCAUCUGCCUGAUGGGCGUGCUGCAGAACAAGCCGUGGCUGGAGAUGUUCACCAUCGGAGUGUCGCUCGCCGUUGCGGCCAUCCCUGAGGGCCUGCCCAUCGUCGUCACGGUGACGCUGGCGCUCGGUGUGCUGCGCAUGUCGAACCGCAAGGCGAUCGUCAAGCGGCUUCCUUCGGUCGAGACGCUCGGCUGCGUGUCCGUCAUCUGCUCCGACAAGACCGGCACGCUGACUUCGAACCAGAUGACCGUCGUGCGCGCCUUCACCUUCGAAGACGGCAGCAUCGACUUCACGUCGCAGCAGGCUCCGCACCGGCCGUCCGAGGCCCUGUCGCGCAGCCUGUUCGUCGGCAACAUCUGCAACAACUCGCACCGGGACGCCAGCGGCGCCAACGUCGGCCAGGCCACCGACGUCGCCAUGGCAGAUGCGCUGCGCCUCUUUGGCCUGGAGGACAAGCGGCCGUACUUCAAGCGCUCCAACGAGGUGCCCUUCGACUCGGACACCAAGCUGAUGGCCGUGACGGGCUCUCUCAGCACGGGCAGCGCCAAGUCGGAGGAGCAGGUGUACGUCAAGGGCGCCUUCGAGAUCAUUCUCGAGCGCUGCAGUGCGUACGUCGGCCCGGAAGGGCGCCGUGUGCAGCUGGACGAUGCCGCGCGAAAGCGUGUCUCGGACGUCGCGCUCGAGUUCUCCAGCAGCGGCCUGCGCGUGCUCGCUACUGCGUCGGGAGCGCCCAACGCUCUCGACUCUCGGACUCUCGUCUUCAGCGGCUUGCAGGCGAUGCAGGAUCCGCCUCGGCCGGGUGUCGAGGAGGCCAUCGCCGCGCUUGGUCGCGGCGGCGUCCAAGUCGUGAUGAUCACGGGUGACGCCGAGACGACGGCCUUGUCCAUCGCGCGCCAGCUCGGCAUCGUCAAGGGCACAGGGCGGACGGGCGUCAUGACCGGCAAGCAGCUCGACGGGCUGAGCGAGCGACAGCUGCAAGAGCGCAUCGGCGGCAUCAGCGUCUUCGCACGGACGACGCCGCGACACAAGAUGUCGAUCAUCGCAGCCUUUCAGGCCAAUGGAGCAGUGGUGGCCAUGACGGGCGACGGAGUGAACGACGCUCCGGCCCUGAAGAUGGCCGACAUCGGCAUCUCGAUGGGCCGCGGCGGCACGGACGUGGCCAAGGAGGCAGCCGACGUGAUCUUGGUCGACGACAACUUCGCGACCAUUCUGCCUGCCGUCGAGGAAGGCAAGGGCAUCUUCUACAACAUCCAGAACUUCCUCUCCUUCCAGCUCAGCACGGCCGUCGCUGCGCUGACGCUGAUCACGCUGUGCACGGCGUUCGGGCUCAAGCUGCCGCUGAACCCGAUGCAGAUCCUCUUCAUCAACAUCCUCAUGGACGGGCCGCCGAGCCAGAGCCUCGGCGUCGACCCGGUCGACCACAGCGUGAUGCGAAGGCCGCCGCGCGGCAAGACGGCGCCGAUUAUCACGCAGCGCCUCAUCUACCGCAUUCUGUUCUCGGCCUCCGUCAUCGUCGUCGGCACGCUCUACAUCUACAUCCACGAGUUGCGCGACGGCUUCGCGGACCAGCGGGACCAGACGAUGACCUUCACAUGCUUCGUCUUCCUCGACCUCACAUCCGCGAUCCAGAACCGCGGCCUGGCGACGCCGCUGCUGGGCAACCGCAUGCUCAUCACGACCGUCUCGGCCAGUCUGGUGACGCAGCUGGCGCUCGUCUACUUUCCGCUGCUGCAGGGCGUGUUCCAGACGACGGGGCUGGACCUCGGCGAUCUCUUCCUGCUCGUCUUUAUUGCCGGGCUGGCGUUCGGCGCGCACGAGCUGCGUCGCCGCUACGAGCGGCGGCUCGGCCUAGAGGAGGCAGACUGGGAAGGCAGCAUGGCGUGAAGACGGAGGAGCGCGGACACUUGCACGACCUAAUAGAAGAACUUAUUGUAGCCC